AUGGGGGAAAAUGAGCAUGGAAGAGAUGAUGCACAAGGUAGUUGUAGUGAUGAUGAUAAUGGUGGUGGUGAUGAUGAUGGCGAUGGUGAUGAUAAUGUUGAUGGCAACAUAGGCUUUAAAGAGAAAUGCUUUGAAUGUCCAGUGCAAACAUCGCUGAAUUUCAUGACGCACGUUUGUGCUGCGGUGAAAGCGCGACUCAGCGGUGUUGACGAAAACGCGCUAGAUGAGAAAGGCACGUAUUGUUGUUUUAGCUGGGAAUUGAAAUUGCGAGGAUUUGAUUGGUCCGAGCUAUGGACUAUAGUGCCGCCCGCGGCACUUCAGGAGAUGAUGCGGGCGAUGGCGUCAAUGCAAGAAGCCCCGAUUGCCAGAAAUUAA